CGCACGUGUGUAACCAGCAAUGGCGAGCGCCAUCGAAGAUCGAGCGGCUCCGGAUGUUUUAAAAUCUCUUGCCCGACACUUAAACUGUUUAAACGAAGACAACAAAAGCGCAAGAAAACGAGCUUUAGAUGUGAUUAAAAGAGAAACAAUCGAGAAGAAUCUUUCCAGCGGCACGCUGCAGGAGGUUUUCGACUCUUUGAUGAAAUCGCUGCUGAAAUGUCUAUCAGAUCCUGCUGAAUCAUGUAGAGAGACAAUCAUUCAGAUCAUCACAGGGUUCAUCCGAUGUGUCCCCACACCGGAGGACUGUCUGCCCUAUCUCAUGCCCGCUCUGGCGCAGAGACUCGGGGGGAAGGACAUCCUGGAGCCCGCGGAAGAGCUGAGACUUGCUCUGUUGGAGAUGCUGUCUCUGGUGGUGGAGGUGUGUGGAAAACAUCUAGCGCCGUACCUGGAUGACAUGAUGCAGAUACUGCAGAGGACUAUAAUAGAUCCCUUCCCUGAGGUUAAGAAAGAGAGCUGUAAAUGUACCGUCAGUUUUGCCAUGUGUGUGCGGGAACAUUUUCACCUGCAGGCUGAGAGUCUUCUGAAGCCACUGUUGCAAACUAUCUCCCACCAGCAAUCCCAGGUGAGAGUUUCAGCCACACAGGCCAUCGGUGCUGUCAUUCAGUACAGCGCAGGAAAGAACGUGGAUGAUGUUUUGUCACACUUGGCACAGAGAUUGUUUGACGACUCGCCACGGGUGAGGAAGAUCGUGACUGUAGUUGUGGGUAAUUGGCUUCUUCACCUGCCAGACAGAUAUUCCUUCUUCCACAAACUCAUCCCACUACUGCUGAGCAGCCUCAGUGACGACAUUCCUGAACUCAGAUCUAUUGCUGAGGACUUGUGGAAGCAGGUCGGAGCUCAAUGGGAGAAGGAAAAUGAGGACGAUCUGAAGGAUAAGAUGGACUUUCUCCUGCCUGCACCCGCCCUGUACACCUCUGGAGGUGAGCGUCCUGGGCUUGGCUGCAGGGAGCUGGUGAUAAGGAACCUGUCUAAACUGCUUCCUGCAGUUAGCCGGGACAUUUGUGACUGGUUAGUGCAGACACGAGUGAAGACCGCCCAGUUAUUGCGUGUUCUUCUGCUGCAUGCUGAAGAUCAUUGUACGCAACACCUGCAAUUGCUGCUGACGGUGCUGUACCACACUUGCGCAGAUACUGAGAAUGAUGUCAGAACACAGUGUUUGGAGUCAGCGAAGCUCUUGGGAGCGUUUGUCAGUCCAGAGGUUUAUCUCAAGUUACUACUGCCUCAUGUUGAAGACUCCACUUCCUGUUCGUCGUCUUCUCCCUGGGCUCCUCUCAUGGUUCUGGGGGCCAUAUUGAAGGGGAGCUCAAGGGAAGCACUGCGCACACAUCUGGUACAGAUUGGAGAUACACUUGCACACCCUGAAGUCUGUCAGGGGUCCCAUCAGGUGCUCUAUGUGGAUCAGUUGUUGGUGUGUGUGGAUGCUGUGCUUUCAGUGUGUCAGGUGGACUGCAGUGUCAUCAGUCUACAGCUGUUGAAGCUUCUGGUGUCAGUUCAGAGUCUUGCAUCACAGCAGGAACAGCACAACAAGGCAGAGGAGUGUUUGAGGUGUUUGUGUGAGGCUCAGGCUCUCAGUGGAGUGUGUGAGUUGUACAGACAGCACAUGGCAGAUCUGUUGCAGUGGUUGUCUGAUUCACAACACACCUGGACCAGUUACUCCAUUCAGAAAACACAGCUGGAGAUCAUCGCUGCUCAGUCAGGUCCAGUGGUGGGAGAGUUUCUUCCAGGCCUAAUGCCCCUGUUCAAGAGCUGCGUUGAAGCCAGUCGAGAUCCAGAGUUGAGGCUUCACAUGUUCACCAUGAUGUCUAAACUACUGCUGGACUCCAGCAACACACUCGACUCACAGGGGAAAUUUGGCAAAUACAUGGAGAUGGUUCUGCAGGAUUUGUUGUUGCCUAAUCUGGUGUGGCGUUCGGGUCGUUCUGCCGCAGCUGUCAGGACUGCUGCUCUCAGCUGUCUGUUAGCUCUGCUACACGGGGCGACUUUCCCAGCAGAGCGAGUUCUGUCAGUGGAAUCCACUCUCAGUAGUCAGUUGAUCUGUGCUCUGGAGGAAGACUCCAAACUGGCUCGUCUGUUGGCCUGUAGAUCAUUAAACUCACUGCUGAAACUCACAGCACAACAGCUCAACAGUGCCUCACUCAACAAGAUCUAUCCAGAGCUACUGAAGCGUGUUGAUGACAGCAGUGAAGAGGUCCGUGUUGAAGCCCUUAAGUCUCUGAGCACAUGGUUUUCAUCUCUUGGAAGAAACUAUGACACUCAGUCAUGCCGCUCACACCUGGAGUUCCUCUUCCAGCAGCUUCUGCUGUACAUGGACGAUCCCGACAGUAAUGUGCAGGAUUCAGUGCUCGAUGUUCUGAAAGUGGCCAGUGGAGUUGAUGGCGAUCUCUUAAAACAGCAAACAGAGGCCGUGAGAGAAAAACAGCGCAGCCCUGAGUACUGUGAUAAACUCCUCCAACACAUUCAGUCAUUAUGAGUCUCUAAACACACACUCACACACCGUGAGCAAGCUUAGACUGAAUACUGCUGGUUUACUAUGCUUAUGCAGAUGCAAACAGACAAAUUUACAAUGUAUUUCUUCUGUUGUCUCAUUGAGUUUUAUAUAAUGAAGGAAAAAAAAAAAUAUAUAUAUAUAUAUAUAUAUAUAUAUAU